UCCUCACCAUGGGCAGCAAGAUGGCGGCCGCUACCCGGGCGGUGCAGGUAGUCAAGCCACAUACUCCAUUAAUAAAGUUCCCAGACAGAAAAAGUGGUCCCAGACCUAAAAUGCAGGAAUCUCUACAAGCAAGUAUGCCAUCUCUCCAUGCUUCAAAAGCACAGGAAUCUGUAGGAGGCAUAUCACCGGCAUUUCAAAAUAUUUCACGUGUUAGUAGAGUACAAGGCACACCAGACACUUCUGAAUUAACAAGAACUUUACCUCAGAAAUACAGAAGGAGACAAAUGUCAGAUGAAGAGAUUGAAUAUAUUCAACGUGGAGGUCCAGAAUAAAUGUAGAAGAUAGUUACUUGGCCACUGUUGAAGAAUGAGGUAUUAUAUUCACAGUAAAGGCAUUUCCUUAAUAUUAAAAAUUAUUGUAUACUAAUAGCUUUAAUAAAAUCCCAUAUGAUGGGUGAGAAGAUUGACACAACACACAAGAUACUGAUUUGUUUGUAACUGAGAAGGAUUUUAUGUUGAUGGCUAAUAGCAGUUGAAUAUAUAUUAUAUCUGCACCAUUAAAAUAUUUUUCUAAUUAGCCA